ACCCAGCCUUGCCGCACCUUCGCGUCCUCGCCAGGUCCCGCCGCAGCCGCGCACCCGGCCCCGACCCCGGCACCAUGAGCUUCGGAUCGGAGCACUAUUUGUGCUCCGCCUCCUCCUACCGCAAGGUGUUCGGGGACAGCUCGCGCCUCUCCGCGCGCCUGUCCGGGCCGGGAGGCUCGGGCAGCUUCCGCUCGCAGUCGCUGUCCCGCAGCAAUGUGGCCUCCACGGCCGCCUGCUCCUCGGCCUCGUCCCUCGGCCUGGGCCUGGCCUACCGCCGCCUGCCGGCCUCCGACGGGCUGGACCUGAGCCAGGCGGCGGCGCGCACCAACGAGUACAAGAUCAUCCGCACUAACGAGAAGGAGCAGCUGCAGGGCCUCAACGACCGCUUCGCCGUGUUCAUCGAGAAGGUGCACCAGCUGGAGACGCAGAACCGUGCGCUCGAGGCCGAGCUGGCCGCGCUGCGCCAGCGCCACGCCGAGCCGUCGCGCGUCGGCGAGCUCUUCCAGCGCGAGCUGCGCGAGCUGCGCGCGCAGCUGGAGGAGGCGAGCUCGGCGCGCGCGCAGGCCCUGCUGGAGCGCGAUGGGCUGGCCGAGGAGGUGCAGCGACUGCGGGCGCGCUGCGAGGAGGAGAGCCGCGGGCGCGAAGGCGCCGAGCGCGCCCUGAAGGCGCAGCAGCGCGACGUGGACGGCGCCACCCUGGCCCGCCUGGAUCUGGAGAAGAAGGUGGAGUCGCUGCUGGACGAGCUGGCUUUCGUGCGCCAGGUCCACGACGAGGAGGUGGCCGAGCUCCUGGCCACGUUGCAGGCGUCUUCGCAAGCCGCCGCCGAGGUGGACGUGGCCGUGGCUAAACCAGACCUGACUUCGGCGCUGAGGGAGAUCCGCGCGCAGUAUGAGUCCCUGGCCGCUAAGAACCUGCAGUCCGCCGAGGAGUGGUACAAGUCCAAGUUCGCCAACCUAAACGAGCAGGCUGCGCGCAGCACCGAAGCCAUCCGAGCCAGCCGAGAGGAGAUCCACGAGUACCGGCGCCAGCUCCAGGCACGUACCAUUGAGAUAGAGGGUCUGCGCGGAGCCAAUGAGUCCCUGGAGAGGCAGAUCUUGGAACUGGAGGAGCGGCACAGCGCUGAGGUGGCCGGCUACCAGGACAGCAUUGGGCAGCUGGAAAGUGACCUGAGGAACACAAAAAGCGAGAUGGCACGCCACCUUCGGGAAUACCAGGACUUGCUCAAUGUCAAAAUGGCCCUUGACAUUGAGAUCGCAGCUUACAGGAAGCUCCUGGAAGGUGAAGAGACGCGGUUUAGCACCGGCGGGUUAAGCAUCUCGGGGCUGAAUCCACUGCCCAAUCCCAGUUAUUUGCUCCCUCCCAGAAUCCUUAGCUCUACAGCCUCCAAAGUCUCCUCUGCCGGGCUGUCCCUGAAAAAGGAGGAAGAAGAGGAGGAGGAAGAGGCCUCUAAGGAAGUCAGUAAGAAAACAUCCAAGGUAGGGGAAGGUUUCGAAGAGACACUGGGGGAAGCGGUAAUAUCUACGAAGAAAACUGGAAAGUCGGCUACAGAAGAAAGUACCAGUUCAAGCCAAAAAAUGUAAUGCCGCUGCUUGAGAAAAAGUCGAUGCCUGGGAGGGAAUGCACUUGGCUCAUUCACGGCACACUCCUGAACCACACCCACCACCGCUAUAGAAUGUCUGCAAGGCUUCAGCGUCAUUGUACCGACCCCUUACGUUCUCCAGUAGGAAGGCCACUGUAGACGGGCGCAAGCUGCAGUCCUGGAGCAGAGGAGGAGUUCUCCAAGAACACAGCUUUCUCACCCACAGUUCAGGCUUCCUGGUGACAGGUGACUCAGGUGCAGAGGAAGUGCAAAUGAAGGUGCUAAAUCUGCUCAUCCCUCACUGGGAGCUGAAACGGAAACCUAUGUUUAUCCACUGGACCCCGCCAGGCCCCAGCCAUAGAACCUUACUGUAGAUGCCUAAAAGCAUACAAUCACUGCAGAGGACAAGCUAGUGCUCCAGACACCGCUCCCCAGCCCCCUCCGAUAGAGCCGAGUCACCACACACGUCUCUCAUGGGCACAUGCCUUCCACUCUUCAAUCCCAUAAUUCCUUUCUCGCACCCAAGAGGAAGGAACAGAGUUUAGUGUAGCAUCCCCUUCUAGCCACGCAUAGAACGUAUGCCCUUUAGCUAGCUCUUCUUCACUCUGUGGGUAAAAUUAGCUGCAUGCUGGCCAUCCCUGUGAUUUGUGUAACUCACCCCUGCCCAUUUCAUGUCCUUUCACAUCUGUAGCUUUAAAAAAAAAAAAAAGAAAAAGAUUAAUGAUAACGGCAGUGAUUAGUUUUAAGGAUUUUCCUAAAAAUAAAUAAAUAAAUAAACAUAAAAGGGAUCUCUAGGCUUUAGGCUUUCAGGUUGUCCAGAUCCACUUAAUUAGAGGGGAAAAAAUACCUUAAAUGAUGUAGCAUUUCACUUUAACUGUAGAAGCACGGUGAUAAUUACCCUGCGCUGUGCUUUAGCGCUGACCUUAGACCUCGUAGUGUAAAUAGAGGAAGAGUACUCUCUGAAGGGGAAGAACAAGGUCUCCUCUGUGUUGGGUUCCAUGUAGUGGCGUAGAAUUCGCUUUCUCGUACCCUUGCCCUAGAAUCUACAUAGUCCCCUUCCCAUUAGGAUAGGUCCUCAAGAGGCCUUGCUUUUUUAAGUAUGCUAUGUAUAGGACAUUUUAUCACCAGACACAAUGCUACCACCCAAAAGUGAAAAAACACACAAAAAAAAGCCACAUCUGGUCAAUCAACACCACCAGCAGAUAUUAAAGAAAGAAAGAAAAAAGAAACAAACUUUUCUUCAGAGUCUUUCCCCAACAGGGUUACAUUGCUUCAGUUGGUGGGUGUCCCUCCCCCAAAGGAAAGGCAGAAACAUUCAGGAUCCAGGAGGGGUAUACACACUUCUCCCACCUCACGGAGGCAGGCUGGAAAGUCAGCUCUUUCUGCACCCAACUGCGGCAUCCACACGACCAGUCUGCCUCAUGUGCCAAAUCAGGCUUUGCCCUGUCUCUGCUCACUUCCACCAGAGCUCUGGAACUGUCUGUCCUGUCCCCGCCCACUCCAUCGCAAGCUCUGUGCUGCCAAGGACAUGACGCAUCUGUUGAACUCACAUUCUAGCACGUGCUUCAAUAGCUCAAGGAACCGAAAAGACACUUUGCUUUUCCUGACCCAUCCCUCUCUCCCUCUACCCUUACUGUAAGACAUUAGUAAUCUAAGAAAUUAAAAGUCAUUAAUCCUA